GUUUUAUUAUUUUUUAAUAUUUAUCAAAUUUAGAGAUAAAUGAUAUUUUAGUGUUGAAGUUGCUUUUAUGCAUAAGUUUUUUCGUUAUCUUUAAUUUUUUAGAUUGAUCAUAGAAAGAAAGUCGAUUAGAAUAGAUUAACUAGGUUAUGAGCAGUAGACAAAUAUUUUACCAAAGUCAAGUUCUUUAAAAAAAAAUUGUCGAUAUAUUUUUUGCUUUGUUUAAGCACUGUUUAAAACUGUAAACUAUAGUAGGAAACUAUACUUAUAAAUAAAUGAAGCUUGUAAAUACUAUUAGAAAAAAAAAUAUAUCUUUUUAUUUCUUUUAAUUUCAACCCAAAAUGGCAUGACUCUGUCUAAGAAAAUAAAAAGUCUACUCUGCUAAUAAAAUAAAAAAUUUUAUUUUAAUAACGCCUAAUGAAAAAUUGUAAUGAAAGCAAUAUGGUUUAGAUACGAAAAGCAAUCAAAUUUCACUAGCAAAUUAAUUAUACGCAAUAAAAAAACAAAUUUGUCUGUGAGUUUGCGCUAUAAAAUCAAGCUAACGAUCUAGACAGUUGGCAAAAAACGUACCAUCAAGGUCAGAAAGAAGCCAAAAAAAGCUUAUAAAAAUACCUCAACAAAUAAAUAAAAAUUAUUUUGCACAGCAAUUUCUUUUACAGAAAAACUACUAACGUCAUCGAUUCAUAACUAGCCAUUGUAACAGCUUUCCUAACUAUGUUUUCGUGGGUUGUUUUACAAAAAAUUAAUUUUGCGAAGCAUAUAUAACACAAAGAAAAUACAUUACAUGUUCACAAUAACUUGCAAUAACAACAUUCUUUCUUUAAAAUAAUAUUUGCUAUUAACUCGCGUGUAUCAAUCUUGACCAGUAAUGGCCACUAACUAUGCAUCAGAUACGAUCUACAGACACUUUCAUCGCACAAAUAAAAUUUUGAAUGGAUGCAAAGUAGUAUGCUUCAAAUGUCUUGUACCCGAAAAAAGUAAAAGUAACGAGUUAUGUGGUAAAGAAAUUACAUGUGCCGCAAAAGCUCGCAUUAGCAACCUUAUACGACACUUAUCUAGAAAACAUGCGGAGCUCCUCAUUACGUUAGAAAAAGAAAAAUUAGAAAAAAAAAUAGAAGAAAAGAAUAAGAAGCAAAAAUAUACAGCCAUCAAAGGCAGCACUUCACAGCAAUCCAUAUUAAAGUGUUUUGUACCACAGCAAAUUAGUUUGCAUAUUACAAAAGAUGAGUUUUUAGAAGCCUUAAACCAGCUGGUUUUGGUUGAAGGUCUUUCAUUCCAGGCGUUUGAUCGGGAACCUAUUCAAAAGCUUUGCGGAAAAGUUUCAUCUCAUUUUGGAUUUAAAAUGAAUAGAGAUAAUAUGAGAAUUCAAAUUAUCGAUCUUGCCAAAAAGCAUCGCGAACAAAUCAAAAACAAAUUAUCGAAAAUGCUAAUUUAUUUGAAAGUCGAUUCUACAUCAAGGCAUAUGCGUCACUACCUCGGUAUAAAUGCCCAAUACUCGAACAAUGAUGAAAUUGCUGUGAUCAAUCUUGGCACGAUUGAUACAAAGGGAAAACAAACGGCGGAAUACACAAAAAAAAUUAUUGAGAAGUGUUUAGAUAAGUUUGGAAUCAAUAAAAUUAAUAUUUUAGGCCUCAGUGUUGACAACGCAGCAGUGAGUAACAUAUUUUGAAAUUCACUAUAUUUUUUGUUAAUAAAAAAAAUUUUAAAUUAUGUGAUUAAAGUUAUUAUUUUCCAUAAAAUCAUUUAAAAAUUAAACUAUUUUGAUAAAAUCUUUUGUAUACUGUAAGGUUCACUAAACUUUAACUAUUGAAAUCAUAUUUAAUAUCCUUAGGUGAAUAUAAAGUUGGUGCGCGACUUUGGCAUCAGCGCCGUUGAAGAUAUUGGAGAUGACGAAGACGAUUUUUCAGUAGAAACUGAUGAAUUUGACGAAGAUGGUUAUUCUAAAGCAGACAAUGCGGAAGCAGUCUUGGCAAGUGGAGUUGCCAGUAGCAUGAGUGUUAUACAUCUUCAAAGAUGUGCUGUCCACACUUUACAGCUAGCCGUAAAUGAUGCAUUGAAAAGGCCCAC